AUGGCGGCCGCAUCCCCGUCGCAGAUUACCCACUUCGCCCCGAGGGAACUGGUCUUCAGGGCCUGGGGCAAAGCGACCCCAGCCACCUGCCGCCCAGAGCCACGUGCGUCGGGCGCCCCGCCCCUCGCUCUUUGCCGGCCCAGCGAGGCGCAAGCCAGUUGCGAGUCACAGAGGCCUGGUGCGCGCCCCGCCCCUGGGCCCGUAGCGAGGGCCGCCGCGGCCCGGGAGCCGGGGAAUCGCCCUGUUCGCCCUCCUUUCCCCUCGGCUGGCCGCUGGGGCGGGGCCGGCCCUCAAGCAGGGCGGCACCGAGGCGGGAUCGUCGGCCACCCACCGCGGGCGGCGGCCUGGCGAGGUCCGGAGCCGGUGAGUAGCCACGUCACGCUCCUCCGGGAGGCCCCGCCCUCGCUCCGUCCUCUCGGACCGCCCCCUUUCCCGGCCCCGCCUCCGCCCCCCGCGAGCAGUUACCGGCUGUGGUAG